AUGGCUUCCAAACUCCAAGACCACAUCGACUCCCUCCAAGUCCUCCCUCUCGCCGAGGCCAUUCAAGCGAUCGCAGACCUCAUACCUGGCCUCACAAGCGUUGUCCCUCGCGAAUACGGCUACUUCGUCCAACACCCUGACUACGAAGGAACCGGUAAUCUGAACGAUAUCGGCACCCUCUGGCUGAAGCUCGGAUCGCAAUGCCACGAUGAUCACGCAUCCCUCGAAGUGCGCCUCGUCCAUACGUCCAUGGACGACCCGAUUUAUAAUAUCUAUGGAACUAGCUACGAGAUGUUGAAUAAGGGACUGGAUGAUGGGACCGUGGCACCUCCCCCACCCAUUGAUUACUGCGCCUGCUGUAGCGGUGAGGCUAGCGCCACUAUCUUGGCUUGUUUCCACGAGCGCCAGGCUUUGUACUUCACCGACGAGGAAUACAAGGCUAUUUGGGGGAAUCAGCCGAAUUCAGGGGAGAGGUGUAGUGGCUGGACGGAAGAAAAUGGCUGGGGGAAGCGCAGUAUCAAUGCGAGCAAAGAGCAGAUUGAAGAGGCUCUAGCCAGGAACCCGGCUGCUGGUAUUGCGAGUAUGCUCUAG